CACAACCAAGCCUGAACAUUAACAUCAACACACCCCUUCUUCCCACACAAACCAUUUUCUUAUCUUUCAAACACAAAACUACACACUCGAUCUCAUGGAGGAUCAAAUCCGCAACCACACUAGAAGAGUAAACUCCAAUUCCACCACGUGCUUAAAGCUCUUCGGCUUCAGCGUCCAUGAAGACAUGGACGACGAAGCCGCAGCGCUUGAAGACACGCCGGACUCACUACCAGUCAAGGCCACUUCCCCAUCAGGCUCCUCUGACUCCGGCAACGGAGACGCCGCCGGCUCCGCCUCUGGCAUAAACACUCCCUCCGGCGACCGGAAAUACGAGUGCCAGUACUGCUGCCGAGAGUUUGCAAACUCCCAAGCCCUCGGCGGCCACCAGAACGCGCACAAGAAAGAGCGCCAGCAGCUCAAGCGCGCGCAGCUACAAGCCACGCGGAAGGCCGCCGUAUCCUUCGUCCGGAACCCGAUCAUCUCCGCCUUCGCGCCGCCGCCGCACCUGCUAUCUCCCUCGGGAGCUAUGAUGGUGCCGGCGGGGACACCGUCGUGGGUGUACAUGCCGCCACGUGGUGGCCCUCCUCCCUUCCACGUGUCGGUUUCGCACGGUUGCGUUUUCCCGUCGGCGAACGGUAACGGCGGCGUCAGUAACUGUAACGGUGGUGGUGGUAGCAACUUUAGCAUUGUGACGAGCGCGAGAUCCGCGGGUGCAGGAGCGAUGUCGUACGUCGGCGGAGCAGGGGAUUCUUCACCCACAUUGUCAACGAUGGGCUCGCAUGUACAGGCCCGGCCCCACUAUGGGAGGGUUGAUGGGCCAUCCAUGAGUGGGUUCUCUGCGGGGCCCAGCUUUGAUGAUGGGUUCGGCUUGGAUUUGCACCUGAGCCUAGCCCCACCCUGAUGGCUCGGCUUGGCUAGGAUCGGCUCUAAUUCUAAAUCAGUGUAUAUGUUGAUGAUGUAGCCUUCUUUCUCUAGAUUCAAAGAGCUUCGUGUAUGGCUGCUACUUCAGCUUCACUCACAGCUUGUACAUUUUUUUUCACAUUUAUUUGUUUAUUAUUAUUUUUUCUUAA